UCAGUUGUCCCCACAGCCCUCUUUAAUAAUCACAUGACCCUUCUCGCACGCUGCCGGUGUCAGAGCGGCCAGUAAGCGCCCGAUCCCGUUUCGUGAAUCCUGUACGGUCUUUUUUCAGAUAUGCUGCCUAGAGACAAAAAAGGGGAAACUAUUAGUGUGUGGGUGCGAGACCCUAAAAUACAGAAAGAUGAAUGGCCAUCAUAUUUGGACUACGAAAUCUGCCUUCAUACAAAUAGUAUGUGUUUCACACUGAAGACUUCUUGUGUAAGAAGAAGAUUCCGAGAGUUUGUAUGGCUGCGACAAAAACUUCAAAGCAAUGCAGUAUUAAUAGACCUUCCAGAACUACCACCAAAAACCCCGUUUUUCAACCUUAUCAAUGCACAGAAUGUAGAACAGCGUGUUCGUGGCUUACAAGAAUUUUUGAAUAAGAUCAUGCAGUGUCCAGUUUUGCUCUCAGACAGCCGCCUGCACCUUUUCUUGCAAACUCAGCUUAGUCCAGAAGAAAUAGAAGCCUGUGCAUCUGGGCAGACUAAGUUCUCUGUUGAAGAUGCAAUUUAUAAGUAUGCCAACUCGAUCCGGCGAUUUCCUGUGGAAGAGGAAGAAGAAAACAAAUCAUUAUGCGUAUCCUGAAAGUUCGUCAUCAACGUCUGGACAAAAAAAAGGGUGGCUUCCUGCAUUUCUCAAACUAGAAGAGAAGACAGAAGCAUGGAAUACAGUUCUGGCAUCAUCCAAUUAAAAUAUAGAUUGUAGUAUAAGGCAGAACACCAAAGUGCAAAUUAUUGAACAUUUCACUGUUUUCAGUCAUACUAUAAUUCCAUAGAUGUGAUUGUGUGUUAGUGGUUGUCCCCCCCUCUACCCCCCCCCCCCC